UCGUCAGGUCGACAUACAGUCAGAUGACAAACACUGCAUCAUCAGGUAUCCUUCCUUUUUCUUUUCAUUCAAAGUCUGACGUGGAUUUAAUCGUCUUUUCCGGUCUCUCGGUGGUUUUUGUUCUGCUGAGGAGUCUGUCGUCAUGUCAGCGGCUACACAGAUAAUGGGGGCCAUUGCAGUCCCUACACAGAGUCUUUUUGGAUCGACCACUGAUUCAAACUUUACUUCCUUGUGCCCUAAUGGGUCUAAAUGGGUUUGGGAAGGGCUCGGAGAAUGUGCCCGGGAUGGCAGAGACAUGGCCAGCGUCUUCGCAGGCCUCGUGUCCAUCCUCUGCUUCAUGGUGUCUUCUCUUCCACAGUACAUCAACUCUUGUAAAACAGGGAACAUGGACAGUGCCAUUUCUAUUUGGUUCCUGGUGUUGUGGUUAGGAGGCGACUCCUGCAAUCUGGUGGGCUCCUUCUUGGCAGACCAGCUUCCACUUCAGACGUACACGGCCAUUUAUUACGUCGGAGCAGACUUGUUGAUGCUGGCCAUGUACAUUUACUACAAAAUGAAGAACAAAACGAAUGACAGCAGUACGAUCACAAAUGUUGUGGGUGUGGCAUGCAUCCUGGGCUUCACAACCAGCCUAGUCACCCUUCCCGGGUUGGGCUCCCAACAGGAACUUAUUUCUUCGGGGUUCAGGAGUCGCACGUUGCUCUCAACCAUCGACAGUAUCAAGCCGUUUACUCCUAAAGAGAUUAUCGGAUUCUCCAUCGGCUCGGUGUCGUCGGUGCUCUACCUGUUUUCCAGACUACCACAGAUGUACACUAACUACAAAAGGAAGUCGACAGAAGGGGUGUCUUACUUCCUGUUCGCUCUGGUCAUCCUGGGGAACACCUUGUACGGCAUGAGUGUCCUGCUAAAGAACCCUGAUGACGGCCAUGGAGAGAGGAGCUACCUGGUCCACCACCUGCCCUGGCUGGUCGGCAGCCUCGGCACCCUCUUCCUGGACAUCAUGAUCUCUGUCCAGUUCCUGAUGUACCGUAAACCAAAGCAGGAGGUCGACAGCGAAAGCGAUGAAAAAACGCCUCUGAUGACGAGCUGAACCAACCAACCAUGAGUGCACUAAAGGGACACGAGCAGACACUCACUUCAAGUGAACCCUCAAUCAUAAUUCAAACUAAAUCAGGAUGACCAAGUUGUACAUUUAAGCUUAAUUGUCUGAUUUUAUUUAUUGUGCUUGUUUAGUGUUUAUAAUGUGUUUUUAAACACAAAUGUACUGUGAAAGGUGAAGUUCUUCACUUGGGUUCAGCUGCAGUGAUGUGCUCAAAGUGACCUUUAAUGUUUUAAAGGUGUGUAGAGUUUCAGGUGUCAUACAUGGACCACAACACAAGAUGAAGUCCUCGAGGUUUUAGGUCACGACCUCAAACUAAAGCCAAGCCUCAAACCUGCUGGUAGGGUUAACCAGACCACACAGAGUUUGUAAUUCAUUUUAAAUUCUGUGUUUUUGAAGUUGCCAAAUAGUCUAACGGUUAUGACAAUAACCACUACGUGAAGCGCCGCGUUUACACUCUUCACAACGAUCUCAUGUAACUUGAAUCUGCUUCAGUGACGUGUCUGCAAAAUGUUUGCUAUUGUAAAUUGUAUUUAGUCCAUUUUCAAUAUACUGGAAUCAACAAGAAUGUUUUAAGCAUGUUUUCUUUUUUGGUGCACUUUAGUUAUAUAUAAAAUUAAAGUCAUUAACUUAUUUUAUUUUAAUACAGACUCUCGACCAGUUUUGUUUGCACUGGAGAUAAAACACAUUUUUCACUACAAUGCUACAUUUUUGGAUACAGUCUCAGUUUUGCACACCAAACGUUUGUUUUGUACUUUGAGAAGUAUGAAAAAUGUUCAGUUGGUCAGUGUACUGUACAGAUUAAAUAAAUAUAAAACCCA